GGUGAGAUGGGGCUCGAGGAGAAGGAACUCGGAGUGGGAUUGAGGAACUGAGAAGGGGUCAUGGGAAGUUUGAGAGGGGGAAGAGGCCUGGUGGUCGACUGAAGGAAGCGGCUCCGGUUUGAAGGGGCGCGCACCCGGUCUAUCAUGUCCUAUAAUGGAGGGGCCGUCAUGGCCAUGAAGGGGAAGGACUGUGUCGCCAUCGCUGCCGACAGACGCUUCGGAAUCCAGGCCCAGAUGGUGACCACAGAUUUUCAGAAGAUCUUUCCCAUGGGCGACCGGCUGUACAUCGGCCUGGCCGGGCUAGCCACCGACGUUCAGACCGUUGCCCAGCGCCUCAAGUUCCGACUGAACCUGUAUGAGCUGAAGGAGGGUCGGCCGAUCAAGCCUUACACCCUCAUGAGUAUGGUGGCCAACCUUCUGUAUGAGAAGCGGUUUGGCCCCUACUACACCGAACCAGUCAUUGCCGGGUUGGACCCGAAGACCUUUAAGCCCUUCAUUUGCUCUCUAGACCUCAUUGGCUGCCCCAUGGUGACUGACGACUUUGUGGUCAGUGGCACCUGCGCGGAACAAAUGUACGGGAUGUGUGAGUCCCUCUGGGAGCCUGACAUGGAUCCAGACCACCUGUUCGAAACCAUCUCACAAGCCAUGCUGAACGCGGUGGACCGGGACGCCGUGUCCGGCAUGGGCGUCAUCGUCCACGUCAUCGAGAAGGACAAAAUCACCACCAGGACACUGAAGGCCCGAAUGGACUGACCCUGUUCCCAGAGCCCACGUUUCUGUUUGUUUUUGUUUUUUAAGUAAAAUAGUUGUUCUUUCA